AGGCAUCAACUUCCUAUUUGUUUCCUGGAUUAACAUGGAACGUUUUGAAUGUAUCUGCAUGAAACUGUAACAAUGAUAACUAGGCAAUAUUAGUGCAUACUCCGACCAUGCACGUUAUCAGGACUGAGAGUCGCACCACGGGCACGAGACAGCUAGCUUCUCUCGCGGUGGGCUUUUCGCAGCCCAGUGGCCUCGUGCACGUUUGACAGCCUUCAGCGGACUGUCCAAAUACAAACCAAAUGCCGCUCGCUCCCGCGAACCAGUCCCAGUUGAUUCGGUCCAGUCAGAAGGACGAAUAUUAUCAAACCUUCCUGAGAAACAACGCCAACGAAGCCUUUCAAACACUCGCCGGAUCCAAAAGAUGGCUGGACUGGAGGAGAGAGAUAGAGCUGCUGUCAGACCUCGCAUACUACGGUUUGACGACAUUCUCAGGUUACCAGACCCUGGGCGAGGAGUACGUCAACAUCGUCCAGGUGGACCCCACUAAGCGCUGGGUCCCCUCCCGGGCCAGGCGGUGCCUCUUUGUCCUCUGCCGCGCCUACUUCCCUUACCUGGUGGACAAGGUCAUGGUGUGCCUGGAGAACGAGCUGGAAUGCGGGCAGGAGAGGCGCGGCGGUGCCGGGUGGCGGCGGGCGACGUCCUGGCAGCGGUGGAGCCUGGAGUCGUGGCUGAGGAGGUGGAUGCAGAGGGCGGUGGGGCUGCUGUCGGAGCCCCAGAAGAGAGCAUGCGUGCCCGCCGUGUUCGCCCUCCACCAGGGUUUGACCCUUCUGCACCGACUCCACGCCGCUCUGUUCUACAUCAGCGGCUCUUUCUAUCACCUGUCCAUGAGGGCGGCUGGUAUCAGCUAUCUGCAUGUGAUGGGGCUCAGCACUGACGACAGGGCCGUCCGGAGCAGCUACAGGCUGCUGGGGGCGCUGUCCCUCCUCCAGCUGCUUGUCACCGUGUGUCUGCAGCUCAACAGCUUCAGACAGAAACAUAGAGCCCGGCAGGAGUGGAAGAUCUACAGGAACCUCAGUCCUCAGCGCGCACACAGAGCCGGCCCCCGAGCUGCCAGCUGCAUCCUCUGCCUGGAGGAGAGGAGACACUCCACUUCCACUCCCUGUGGACACCUCUUCUGCUGGGAGUGCAUCACAGAGUGGUGCAGCACCAAGGCAGAGUGCCCCCUGUGUCGGGAGAAGUUCCAGCCGCACAGAUUGGUGUACCUGAGGAACCACAGCUAGAGCCACAGGAACAUGUGACGAGACCAGGGGUCAACCAGGGGUCAACCAACGGUCUGAGAAGAGAUGCUGCAGUGCCUUUAACCUUUAUUCUCUCAAAUGGUCUUCAGACCAUGUUUAAUCAAAUGUUUGAUUGUAUCAGUCGAAUCUUGUAAAUAUCACUUUUAAUUAAAUUAAAACUUGCGUGGCAAAUGUC